AUGACAAGAAGAUAUUGGAACAUCAAUUUGGAAGAGAUGAUGGAAGCAGGAGUUCAUUUUGGCCAUGGUACUCGGAAAUGGAAUCCUAGAAUGGCACCUUACAUCUCUGCAAAGCGUAAAGGUAUUCAUAUUACAAAUCUUACUAGAACUGCUCGUUUUUUAUCAGAAGCUUGUGAUUUAGUUUUUGAUGCAGCAAGUAGGGGAAAACAAUUCUUAAUAGUUGGUACAAAAAAAAAAGCAGCUGAUUUAGUAGCAUCGGCCGCAAUAAGGGCUCGGUGUCAUUAUGUUAAUAAAAAAUGGCUCGGUGGUAUGUCAACAAAUUGGUCCACUACAGAAACGAGACUUCAUAAGUUCAGAGACUUGAGAGCGGAACAAAGGGCGGGAAGACUUAACCGUCUUCCGAAAAGAGAUGCAGCAAUGUUGAAAAGACAACUAUCUCACUUGCAAGCAUAUUUGGGUGGAAUCCAAUAUAUGACGGGGUUGCCUGAUAUUGUAAUCAUCGUUGAUCAGCAAGAAGAAUAUACGGCUCUUCGAGAAUGUGUCACUUUGGGAAUUCCAACGAUUUGUUUAAUCGAUACAAAUUGUGACCCGGAUCUCGCAGAUAUUUCAAUUCCAGCGAAUGAUGACGCUAUCGCUUCAAUCCGAUUAAUUCUUAACAAAUUAGUAUCCGCAAUUUGUGAGGGCCGUUCUAGCUAUAUAAGAAAUCGUUGAUUAAUAAUAAGAUAAAUCAAUUACUUCGGGAACUCCAUAGAUUUAUUGAAUCGGUUACUAUUCCGGAAUCUCAACAAAGAGAUCAAAAUCACUGGGGAUAUUAUGUGAUUACUUGGUAUCCGAAAUAUACGAUUCAAGCAAACGAGUCGAGAAAGAGAUAGUUGAAUCAAAAUAAUUCUUUUUUAAUUCUAUUUCUGUCAGAGGGCAAUAUGAAUGUUCUACCAUGUUCAAUCAACACACUAAAAGGGUUAUACGAUAUAUCCGGUGUGGAAGUAGGCCAACAUUUUUAUUGGCAAAUAGGAAGUUUCCAAGUUCAUGCCCAGGUACUUAUUACUUCUUGGGUCGUAAUUGCUAUCUUAUUAGGUUCAGCCGCUGUAGCUGUUCGGAAUCCACAAACCAUUCCGCCCGACGGUCAGAAUUUCUUUGAAUAUGUCCUUGAAUUCAUUCGAGACUUGAGCAAAACUCAGAUUGGAGAAGAAUAUGGUCCUUGGGUUCCCUUUAUUGGAACUAUGUUCCUAUUUAUUUUUGUUUCGAACUGGUCAGGGGCUCUUUUACCUUGGAAAAUCAUACAGUUACCUCAUGGGGAGUUAGCCGCACCUACAAAUGAUAUAAAUACUACAGUUGCUUUAGCUUUACUCACGUCAGUGGCAUAUUUCUACGCAGGUCUUACCAAAAAAGGAUUGGGUUAUUUCGGUAAAUACAUUCAACCAACCCCAAUCCUUUUACCAAUUAACAUCCUAGAAGAUUUCACAAAACCUUUAUCACUUAGUUUUCGACUUUUCGGGAAUAUAUUGGCGGAUGAGUUAGUAGUUGUUGUUCUUGUUUCUUUAGUACCAUCGGUGGUUCCUAUACCUGUUAUGCUCCUUGGACUAUUUACAAGUGGUAUUCAAGCUCUUAUUUUUGCAACUUUAGCCGCGGCUUAUAUAGGCGAAUCCAUGGAAGGUCAUCAUUGACUCGCUUUCGAAAUAGUUUUUUUUAGCUUAUCCCAACACGCGUGGUUCAAGAUAAUGUAUUUUGAUAAUAUAUACAAAUACGGUAUAUACGAUCUAGAAGUAGUGACAAAAAAGAUUACGAUAUUAGGAUUAAGGAAUUGUAAAAAAGGAAAGAGAUCUAAAAGAUCUUUUUCCUACAAUUCCCCUUUGGCCCAUUUAUGGCAUACCUCUUCCAAUAAAUAUUCUAUUUCGAUUUGUUUUGUUCAGUGAAUUACAAUAAUAUAAUAAUAUUACGAUUACGCUUUUUAAUUGGAAUAAGAAUUUGGAUCUUAUCUCUUUCCGAUGUGCGCUUAAACAAAAAAAGACGUUCUGCUCUAUAUUCUCUUAUUUCCAUUUCAUUUGAUUUCAUUUAAUUCAACGAUUGAUAAAAAUUAUAAAAAAUUAGAAUUAAUUGCAUGCAAUUAGAUCAAAAAAAUCCUGAUAUUGAUAUGUAAUGAUUCAGGCUAAUUAAUCCGUUUAUUUGGAGAGAUAAUGAUAAAGAAAAAUAAGAGAAGAGUUUACAAAGGAGAUUCAUAAUAGGUUAAGGUUAGGAAGUUCAAACUAGAUAUUGUAAUGGUUAUAAGCCAACUCGUGUUGAUGCUUCGAAGAAUGAUUCUAGAAUCCGAUUGAAUAGAAGACGCGAAUGCUUGGUUUACGUUAUGGAAGAAAGACAUGUAUAUGUGAUAUUAGAUAUUGACUAGUUAUAUAUGAGCUAUUCAUAUAUCUUAUUUUCCAUCACACUGUGAAUAUAGAUGGGUAUUCCAAUCCAAUAUAGAAGUCCUUCUCUUUCGUCUGAGGCUGUGGAUUGAAUGAAUAAACAGAUGAAAUCAAGCAUUAAGCAUAGAGAAAGAGCGAAGAAUUCAAAAAAUAGUUCAGCUCGGAACAAAGAAAUCCAAAAAAAACUAGAGCUGUAUGGAUUGACAAAGACCUCAUGAAAUGGAUAGGAACUAAAAACGAGAUAUCGAAGUAGUUCUGAUGAUUCAAUAAUCAAUAUCAUUACUUCAAUUCAAUUUGGAGUUCUUAGUUACUUCGACUGGAUUAAUUUGAGUGAUGGAAUAAAAUAA